AUGUCCGGCAUCAGUGAAGAAGACUACGGCGACAUCACGAAUUACAUCCGUACGGAGCGGCCUAGAAGUCUAACUAAAGAAGAGCGUUUGGAUAUUCUCCGUCUUCAUGCUCAACUUCGUCGCGACAAUGCUCGACAAGUCUCAGCAACCAUUGCUCACCUUCUCGGGCGCAGCGAAAGAAUAGUGCAAGAAGUUUGGUCAACCUAUAUGCGUACCAAAGCUGUUGUUGCUGUCCUUCCACCCUCAAACACACAACAACGUCCAACUCGCAUAACUCGCACGCAUGCAAUUUCAUCGAUGGUGCGACAAUACAUACGCCAACGCAGUCUGACACGUGCCCGCACUGUCGCCAAGGACGUUAUGGCUCUUCUUGUCGAAGCAGGAGUAAUCCAGUGCAACACCCAGGACCGCGGAAGCUCUGCAAGUUGCCUCAGAAUUGUCCAAAUCUACUUGGAGAAGCUCGGCUUCAAACGCGGCAAGCGUCGUGGCAAAGCCACGUACAGUGUCUCUAGUGGAUAUGCUGCUGCUCGGGACAUUUACGUACAAAAGAUGAACAAUCUCGACGCGAACGCACCGGUGGUAUAUAUGGACGAAAAUUACAUUCACGAUCACUACACGCGCCACCAAGACAGCCUGUUCGACCCCACGGACGACGCUCCUCUCAAGGAGAAACACAAAGGUCGCCGCAUGUGUUUCAUUGCCGGCAUUAUGGCUGGUCGGGCAAGUGGGGCAAAUUCGAAGGACAUCGCGCUUGACAUAUUCGAGGGUGGGAAAAAGUCCAAAGACGAUCCAAAGGACUACCAUGCAAUACAACGCCGGUUCAACUCUCAAAUGAGCAAGGUGCGGAAAGCCGUCGAAUGGAGUUUUGGUCGGCUCAAGAUCCUCUGGCUGUUCGUCUUUGACUCCAAGAAGAUGUAG